AUUGAUAUACCCAGUACAGCCAGGAAAGAGCAACAGUUUGGGGGUAAAGAUUAUAUAUUAGAAGAAGCCAUUACAGGUGAUUUUGCUCUUGUAAAGGCUUGGAAAGCAGAUAAAUAUGGAAAUUUAAUAUUUAGAAAAAGUGCAAGAAACUUCAAUCCAGCAAUGUGUAGAGCUGCACGUAUUACAAUAGCCGAAGUGGAAGAAAUAGUUGAUGAAAUUGAACCUGAUUUUGUACAUGUGCCCUCUAUAUAUGUACAUAGAAUAAUAAAAGGCGAAAAUUAUGAGAAAAGGAUAGAAAGAAGAACUGUAACUAAACCAGUAAUACAAAAGGAGAAGAAAUCAUCAGAUAUCCUAAGAGAAAGAAUCAUUAAAAGAGCAGCUUUGGAAUUUAAAGAUGGGAUGCAUGCUAAUCUUGGAAUAGGAAUGCCUAUGUUAGCUAGUAAUUACAUACCAAGAAAUGUAAAUGUACUGUUGCAAUCAGAAAAUGGAAUUCUUGGUCUUGGACCUUUCCCAUCAGAGGAAGAGGUGGAUGCUGAUCUUAUUAAUGCUGGAAAAGAAACUGUGACUAUACUCCCUGGUGCGUCAUUCUUUUCGUCCGAUGAUAGUUUUGCAAUGAUUCGUGGCGGGCAUAUUGAUUUGACUAUAUUGGGAGCCAUGCAGGUUUCUCAAUAUGGCGAUUUAGCUAACUGGAUGAUACCUGGUAAAAUGGUAAAAGGUAUGGGUGGUGCCAUGGACUUGGUAUCAGCACCAAGAACAAGGUUUAUCACUAUGGAGCAUGCGGCUAAAAAUGGUGGCCAUAAAAUUGUACCUGAAUGUACAUUGCCGCUCACUGGGAAGAAUUGUGUUGAUAUGAUAAUAACAGAGAAGUGCGUUUUUGUAGUGGACAAGGAAAAAGGUCUUACGCUGACCGAACUGGCUGAUGGUGUUACUGUAGAGGAUGUGUUGGUGAGCACUGGCUGCGAAUUUAAUGUCGCACCGAAAAUAAAGAAAAUGGGCGAUGUGACUCGUCCUGAGACGUUCAUUGAAUAAAAUAUACCACACAAUAUUAACUUGGUACUGAUGUAUUUAAGGCGCGAGUAAUACUCAUGGUGUUGCAAGUGCUUAUGAGUUGCGAAGGCCGGAAGGUGUUACCAUCAGGUAGACUGAAUGCUUGAUUGCCAAUAACCUACGUUGUUUAAAAAAAUUUAUACUCUCCACUACUAUAAUUAGGUAUAUUAUUAUUAUAUAGAAAUUGUAAUAAAAGCAAAGAAUUACAACCAAACACUUAUGCGAUAAGAUAAAGAUUUUUAACGAUAUUACUAGUGACGUAAAUUCAUGAGUGAAUCUUGGUUUAUAACUAUCGUAUAAUAUUUUGGAGAUUUAUUGUUUUGAUUAAAGAUUGUAAAAAGGAUGAACAGGCGAUCAUAUAUAUAAAUAAAUUGAAGUGUGAAUCGUGAUAUUUGUGAAUAAGCGGUAAUAAUAAUGAUUCGUCAAAAUGCGAAUGUAGCUGAAAAAAUAGUUAAUUUUUAAAUAUAAUGCUUAUUAUUUACUUAAAUAAUUAGUUAUUAGGUAAGAAAAUAAAUAUUACUUAAGAUAAAAAAAAAAUUAAAAAUGUUAACUUGUAAGUGUUCUGAUUUAAUUAUAUAUUGUACAAAACUUUUAUUAUUAGAUUAAGUUACUUAUAAAUAUCAUUUUAUCGAAUUUAUUGCUCAUUAAAUAGGUUAUAAGCCCUAUUGUCUAUGAUUUAUUUGAAAAUUGUAAUAUUAUUACUGAAAUAUAUUUUAUUGUUUGUUACUGAA